UAGCUAUCUGGCUGUCAUUUUUUGAAAACGGUUGGUUUAAAAAACUUGAAUAUGAACACGUUUAUAUAAUUUUAUUAAUAUAUUAAGUAGACUAAUUUAAAAAUGGCAUUGCCUUUACCUACAACUCCGAAAACUCAAUUUGCUACUCCUAAAAGAGUGAGGACGAUACGUACACCGUUAAUGUUAGAAAAUUCGGAAAACUUUGUGGUCCCGACUACCCCAAGAAGUCAGCUUGCCACUCCAAAAUUUAGUAAAGCAGUUGGUUCUUUGGUAAGCACACCUGAAUGUUUUAAUACCGUGACAAUCGAAACACCAAAUAAUAAUGCCCCAGUGAAACGAAGAAGUAGUAAAGGUGUCUUCGAUCAAGUCAGUAAUUUAACAGUCGCAGUACGAAUUCGACCAAUGAAUGCAAAGGAACUUGCAUGUGUGGGUUCUGCAGACGUUGUAAAAGUUAAAAAUCAAGACCUGAUUAUUCGCUCCAAUCCUUUGGGCAAUUCAUCAAUGAGUCUCGACCAUGUCUUUCAGUAUGAUCACAUAUUUUGGUCAUGUGAUGAAACAAAAUCAUUGUAUGCAAGUCAGAAAGAUAUUUUUGCGACUAUUGGAAAGCCUUUACUUAAUAGCGCAUUUCGAGGCUACAACGCUUGCCUUUUUGCUUAUGGUCAAACUGGUUCAGGGAAAAGUUUCAGUAUGAUGGGAGCAAAUACUUGUGAAAUUGCUGAUAUAGAUUCAGAAGAAUUUUCGGGCCUAACUCCACGAUUUUGUCGGGAGCUAUUUGAAAGAAUUUCAAAUUUGAAAUCGGAUACUACAGUAUCAGUAGAAGUUAGUUAUUUUGAAAUUUAUAAUGAGAAGAUCCAUGAUUUACUUGCCAGUCCAAAUGUGAUAAAUAAACUGCCUUUAAAAGUAAGAGAACAUCCCGAAUGGGGUCCUUAUGUUGUGGAUUUGAGUGUUCAUACAGUGAAGUCAUAUAACGAGCUGAGAAAUUGGUUAAUCUUAGGAAAUAAAAGCAGAGCUACCGCUGCGACUACAAUGAAUGAAAAGUCAUCGCGAUCUCACAGUAUAUUUUCAAUUGAAUUAAGUCUUACAGAAGGUUUGGAUGAUAGUGAUACUAGUAGAAGAAGCAAAGUUAGUUUAGUGGAUUUGGCGGGAAGCGAACGCUUAGGUAGUUCCCAUAACAGUGAUGAAAAGAUUCGACAAGGAGUCAGUAUUAACAAAUCACUCCUGACUUUAGGAAAAGUUAUUUCUGCUUUAGCAGACCACAAGAAAAACAUAUUUGUGCCUUACAGAGACUCAGUUCUGACAUGGUUGCUAAAGGAAAGUUUAGGAGGAAACUCAUUAACCUGCAUGUUGGCCACAAUAACACCAGCAAACAGUAAUCUGGAUGAAACCCUAGCCACACUUAGAUAUGCAUGUCAAGCAAGGUCAAUUGUUAACAGAGCAAGAAUAAAUGAAAAUCCUCAUGAUCGCUUAAUUCGGGAAUUAAAAUCAGAAGUCCAAAGACUAAAAGCUUUAAAACAAGAUUAUGAACGACAUUCCCUACUAAAUUCUUCUUUCACUGCCAUGAAUAUUAGUAACAAUGAAGAACUGGAAGAAUUAAGGAAUAAAUUAUCACAGGCUGAAGAAAAAUUGUUAUUUGCUGAAAACAAUUGGAAGCAAAGAUUUAUGGAAAGCACAGAACUGCAACUAAAAGAAUUGGCAGAAUCUGAAAAGCGACGAGAAGAAUUAGAAUCAAAAGUAAGAAUAAUGGAAUGUGCAGACAAAAGUGUGGACUUGUCACUAUAUAAAACAAAUUUUUUGGAAGAAUUGGAGGAUGUUCUAACUGAAGAAGUAACCAGUGAAAGUAAAUUUGUUGAAAAAAUUUCUGAAUGGUGUUACCAAAAUAAGUUACAGUGUAGAAUUUCACCUUCUAUGAUAACAAUUGUAGACAGUGUUAAUCAGAAGCAAACAGUAUUAAUGACCAAAGAUUCAAAAAAGCUAGGUAAUUUUCAAAGCGUUGGUGAAUUUUUACAAAGUUUAACGUGGACAGAAAUUAAAAACAAAUUUCGAAAAUUAAGUAAGAAUGAAGUUUUAUCCUCCUUAGACCAAAUUUAUCAAGCAUUAAACAAUUUACAACCUUCUGAUAGUGAUAAUAACUUGAAUCUGUUGUUUGCUAGAGUCAAUAAAUCGCUGCAAGCUUUUGAAGCUGCAUUAUUACAUAAUAUAAACAAAAAUCACUGUCAAAAAACUGUGAGUUUUAAUUUGUAACUUGUGUAGUAUGUUUUAAAUGUUUUAUAUUUUUAUUUUGUUAACUGUGACUAAUUAAUGUAAAAAUUUAAAUCGACGAAUAAUAAAACUAAUGUUCAAUGCACUGAGUGGUUUUACAUUUUUUAAACACUACAACAGAGAGAGAGCCUUAGAAUGAAGCCU